AUUUAAUUACUUGGGAGAUCUCAAGUGCGAUACAGACCGUGCAGCAGUUUAAGUGGUCCUUUGAUGUUACUAAAUGGAAUUAUCGGUAUACGUCUUACGACCUUGAAAAUAUUUUGAAUAAAUAUUUCUGCUUCGUAUGCGAUUCCAAUCUCUUACUUUGAAGAAUAUGACAUCAGACAUUUAUGACGAGAAGCUUUACACGAUCAUCUAACAAUUUGCAUCCUCCCCACCGCUCAACCCUAUACUGCGAUCAGUUGGUUUCAUAAACAGCCGAAGCAGCGCGCCAAUCAGUAAAGUUUGAUACGUGAAUUGGAUGGCGUCCGAUGGCUACUGCUAACAGUGUUAUAUUAUCGCAAUCGGCUGUCUUUGUGUUUUACGAUCCAGUACGUUGCGAACGUUGCUUCCGUUCAGUACUGUGUAUAAUUUCGUGACGAAAUCCAAUGUCACUCAAUAAUCUUUCUCGUGUUACUACGCAGAUCAACGCAUGUGAACAACUUCUUGAUUUUCUAUUGUCCGUCAGAAACUGGGACAAUAAUUCCGCGGGAUAAAACAUUUUCAAUCGACAAUUUAGGUGCGUUGAGUAUUGUUCUGAACAACAACUCCUAUAAAAUGUCGGAACCGCGAGAAAGAAAUGUAGGAAGAAAAAUGUACCCGGAAAGUAAUAUUCUCGUUAAACAUUCAUGGAGCAAUGGAUCCGAGAGCGAGGAUGAAGUGGCUGGUGAAAAUGGACUGCUCAACGAGAAUGAGAUCAGUCCAAGGUUUCCAUCAUCGGGCAACAAUAACGGAUCAUCUUACCUAUAAUGUGACAUUUGCGGAAGAAAAGAUGCGUAGAAAGCUGAAAUUCUUUUUCAUGAACCCGAUCGAAAAAUGGCAAGCAAAGCGACGUUUCCCAUAUAAAUUUGCUGUGCAAGUUAUUAAAAUUAUAUUGGUGACCGUACAACUGUGUCUAUUUGCACAUAGAAAUUACAUGCAUGUAAACUAUGCUUGGGAUAAUCGACUAGCUUUUUCACACCUAUUUCUUAAAGAAUGGGAUACUCUUCGCGAGGUACCAGCUUAUCCUCCAGCAACUGGCCCUAUGGCAAUUUAUACACAAGAUGAUUUCUAUAGUACGAUUGAUUAUGCUUUAGAUGGUUACUAUAAUGUCAGUAACGCGAUUGGAUCGUAUUCGUACAUAACGGAAGACAAUUCGGUAGUACCAGUUGUUCUAUGUUUAUAUCAAUACAAAGAAGGUAUUGUAUUUGGUUUUAAUGAAAGUUAUGUUUUUGAUAAAGAAAUCGUAGAAACUUGUUUAAAUAUAACUUACAACUUUUACAACGAAUUUAAUGCAUCAAAGAACUUAUUGUCCGAACAAAAGAUCAGUGUAAAUUUCUCAGCCCUUGUUAGCGCUCAUUUAAAAUUUUCCCUAAAAACAAUCAACUUAAGAGCUGCCGGGCCUAUGACACCACCGGAUUGUUAUAAAUUUGACGUUAACAUUGAGUUUGAUAAUCGUGAUUUCGAUGGACAGAUGUUACUUUCGUUAGAUGCAGAACCAAAAAGGUUGCAAUGUAAAGGCGAUGUACGUUAUAUAACGAAUAGCCGUAUCGAAUCAAUUUUAAGGACAUUACUAAAUUUACUAGUAAUUUUUAUUUGUUCGUUAUCUCUUUCUUUGUGCUCCAGAGCUAUAUACCGAGCACAGUUAUUAAAAUUCGAGACCAUCAGCUUUUUUAAGAAAACAUACGGUAAGAUAUUGAGUUUCGAAGGAAGAUUAGAAUUUUUAAAUUUUUGGUAUCUAAUGAUUAUCGUCAAUGAUCUUUUAAUUAUUUUUGGAUCGGCCAUGAAAGAACAAAUCGAACAGAAACAGUAUAACAGUGAUUAUUGGAAUUUGUGUAGCAUAUUUCUUGGCACUGGAAAUUUAUUCGUUUGGUUUGGUGUAUUGCGGUACCUCGGUUUCUUUAAAACCUACAACGUCGUUAUUUUAACAUUGAAAAAAGCUGCCCCAAAGCUCGCACGGUUUCUGUUAUGUGCAAUUCUUAUUUACGCUGGUUUUACGUUUUGCGGUUGGUUGAUCUUGGGCCCGUAUCAUAUAAAAUUCCGAUCGCUCGCCACAACUUCCGAAUGCCUGUUCUCUAUUAUAAACGGCGACGACAUGUUCGCAACAUUUACCAUAACGUCGUUUAAAUCGACAAUGUUGUGGUGGUACUUUAGAAUUUAUUUAUAUACCUUUAUUUCGUUGUUCAUUUACGUUAUUUUAAGUUUAUUUAUUUCUGUGAUAAUGGACGCGUACGAUACGAUUAAGAUUUAUUAUCGUGACGGUUUCCCGAAAAAUGAUUUGCAAACUUUCAUAGCAGCAUGCACGGACGAAGCAUCUAGCGGACUUUAUAAGGACGAUUCCGAUAGGAGCGAUUUGACGGAGCUCCUCGAUCGCUUUUGUUGUUGUCGAAAAAGAAUCUUUUACGGGUCGUUCUCGGAAUCAAAUACUGAAUUCACAACGAAACCGGAACAAACAUGCGAAGGAGCAAUCUGUAUAUAGUGCACUAAUAGUCAAUAAUGUAUUAGAUAAAAAUUACGGCGCCACGGCAGACACACGGUAUUAUGACGACAGUUUUGUCGUGUAAAAUAUUUUUUACGAAAUUAUUUUAUUGCAUUUGUUUGACCGCUGUAGUUGCAUCUUUUACCUGCCGAUUUUAUAUCUUGCGAUUGUCCGGGGGUCUGAACAUUUGCAACGAUGAACCUUCUUUUUGACAACGUGAAACCAUAUACUUUAGUUUAAAUAUUUUUACGCUUAACACUUUAACAGCCGCAUGUAUCACGCGAUGACCGUUGUUCGUCACCACUGAUAUUGUAGACCAAAGUGAGAUACAUGAAGAUGCUAGGAAUAUUAUUAUAAGGAAUUAUAAAUGUAAACCUCAACAAACGAAAUUACAGAAUGCGUUUUAAUUAAAUUGAACGACACGAUAAAAGCAAAUGUAUUAUCCGAGGAAAUAUAUUUACAAAUAAAGUACAAUAAAACUUA